UCUCAUCACAAGUAACCUCGAGAAAACCCGCCUGCAGAAAACAAAUUAAACAGAAAUGGCUCUCUCGAAGAUCAUUCUCAUGGUUCUUUCUCUUCUUGCCUUGUCUCCACUCUGCUUCUCUCAGAAAAGCAAUGGCGGUGACCUCUACCCGCAGUUCUACGACCACUCGUGCCCAAGAGCUCAGAAGAUCGUUAAGUCUAUUGUCGCAAAAGCAGUGGCUAAGGAGCUACGAAUGGCUGCUUCAUUGCUGAGGCUCCAUUUCCAUGACUGCUUUGUUAAGGGCUGUGAUGCAUCUCUUCUGUUGGACAGCAGCGGGACCAUAAUCAGCGAGAAGCGCUCGAAUCCAAACCGGAACUCGGCUCGAGGUUUCGAAGUCAUCGAUGAGAUAAAAUCUGCACUGGAGAAGGAAUGCCCACACACUGUCUCUUGUGCCGAUAUCCUGGCCCUUGCUGCUCGAGAUUCUACCGUUCUGGCUGGUGGUCCUAGCUGGGAAGUUCCCUUGGGAAGAAGAGACGCUAGAGGUGCAAGCUUAAGUGGCUCUAACAACAACAUUCCUGCUCCCAACAACACAUUUCAGACUAUCCUCACUAAGUUUAAGUUGAAGGGACUAAACGUCGUUGAUCUCGUCGCUCUCUCUGGGAGCCACACCAUCGGAAAUGCUAGAUGCACCAGUUUCAGGCAGAGGCUGUACAACCAGUCCGGCAAUGGGCAACCUGAUUACUCACUAGACCAGUCGUACGCCGCCCAGUUGAGGACCCGCUGCCCAAGAUCCGGUGGCGAUCAGAACCUCUUCUUCUUGGACUUUGUUAGCCCCACGAAAUUCAACAACCAUUACUACAAGAACAUUUUGGAUUCAAAGGGUCUACUGAAUUCUGAUCAAGUUCUUCUCACGAAGAGUGAAGCCUCAAUGGAGCUGGUGAAGGAAUAUGCAGAGAACAACCAACUCUUCUUCGAGCAGUUCGCUAUAUCCAUGGUUAAGAUGGGGAACCUCUCUCCAUUGACAAGGUCCAAAGGAGAGAUCAGGAAGAACUGCAGGAGGGUUAACAGCGACUAAGCUAUACAACAACUGUGGGAAUAAUAGUUACGUUGUGGGUCAUAGACAAUAAACUCACGUUGUACGUGAGCUUUUUGUUUCAAGGUGUGGAGCAAUGUCUGUCUGUUACUCUUGUAGCUAGGUGGUGUUUGGUAAUGUGUGUGAUUGUGUAUUGUGCACUUUCCGGAUUUUGUUCCAGUCAGAGUUGAUGGAUUUUCGUUUUCCCCCUGUGAAUAACACGUACUCUGGGUCUUUCAAUUGGCAGCCCAUCUUGGGUGGGGGCCCA